UUGCUUAAAAAAAUGAGGUCAGAAAAAAGUUUUUCAGUUGUUUUAAUAAAAUUUAUGAUCAUAAUAAUAAUAUCAGUAAUUAUGUGUUCAAAUAACUACAAGAACCCAACAUCAAGAAAGCCCAACAAAAAUUUAACCAGAACAACAAGAACGAGCAAAAAAGAACCCAAACAACAUGAUGAACCAGAACAUCCCAAGAAACCGUAAGAACCUUUAAAAAGGCCGUAAAAGCACAGGCAACACAAGAGCCUGACACUUUUGAGCUGAGACUUGUUUUUAAUCUGUAUGUAUUGGAAUAAGUUUGUAGCGUAUUUAGCCAAACACUAAGCAAAUUGUCAAAUGUAACUGUAACUGUAAGGGCCAUAUUCAGGGUUUCUAUAGUCAUUGUACUGUAAUUUUUGUACAUACUGUAAUGGUCUUUACACUUUAAAACUGGAGUAUAAAUAUGAGGACUUUUACUUUGUGGGUCAGGUGUGUGGUACCAUAAGCCACUAUGAUCCUCUGCUGAGUUUCUUUCACCAUCUGAUUAAUGAAAGAACUGUUCCCUGCAAACUGUUUUGGUCACUGAUCAUAUGUUACCUUUGACGACAAAUCACAGCAAAGAGUAUCAAUCCUAACCCUGGAUCAAAUGUCUCAAAAGCCUCAGUACUAAACUUCUUGAGACAAACUUCUUAGAAGAAAUAACGAGAAAAGCUUUAGAUAUACAUAAAACUAAGCAACAAAUAAAGAAGAAAGAUAUCAAAUAUGCAUUUCUAUUUACAAAUGUUACAGAAAAACUGUGAAGGUAAAAAGUAAAACUGCAAUAAAUGAGGUAAAAUCAGGUCACGUUUGACUAAACAUAAAACAGGAGAGAAAUAGGAAACACACCUCUUGUCAGACCUUAAAGAAAACAAUAGACUGAACAAUACAACAUGUGUACUGUCUAACAAAUAAUGGUGACUCAGGAGAUAAAAAGUUUCAAGUGACUUUGAAGAUGGAGAAAACUUUUAUUCCUGGUCUUUGAUUUUGACUGAUAUAGGUCCAGUCCUUCUUAAAAACUAGAUGAAAAGCAGUGAUUUUGUGUGUUUCUAAAUACAUUUACAUCCACCAAUAUUUGUUUGUUUCUUUGAAUGUGUUUCCAUUUUAACCCCAUGUAACCUCAGUGAUACUCGUGUUGAGUCAAGCCUGUAGCAUGUGCAAUUAUUUUAAUAAGAGGACAAAAACUGCCUGAAGAAAAACAAAUGGGAGUGGCAUUAAAUGCCACAUUUAAAAGGAAAAAGUCCUUUGACACGCAUUGAUUUUUUUUUCCCGGAUCAUAAUGAGCUUUGUGCAAAUCCUUGCCAACAUCAUACCUGUGUAUCCAGUUCCAGCAUGCUGUAGUGGCACUGUUAGUGACAUGUGCAGACACCUCAUACACCUGUGAGAGGAAAAAAAAAAAAAAGCUCAAACCCCUGUCAAAGCAGUUGUGUUUUGUUAAGCUGAGGUUUAAAGCUGCUGCCACUGUAAGCUCGAGAGUGCUGGAGGUGGGAUUACUGACUCUUUUUCAUUGCUGAGCCACAAAUCUGGAGUUUAUCCAGGGAUGUAAAGAACAAAAAAGGCAGAUAAAAACACCAUAUGUCAAAAGUUCCUACGAGGUCACCACAAAAGGUACGUAAAGAGAAGAAAGGGGGUGCUUGAACGCGGCGUUCGCAGUUAACUUCAGGGCAAAGUUACAGCAACAGGAGGCCGGUUUGGCGGGGAUGAUCAUUACUGGACGUUAGUGCGACACACAAUGCGUUUGAGUGAAAUGCUAGUCUAUUUUAAUGGAAACAUCCACCACCAGUACACUGUAUACGAGUGCAGGCUUCACUGCUGGCUCAGGAAUGUUGGCAUCAAGUAUGCAGUCCUGACAGACAGCUGCACUGCAGUCAGUGGCGUUUUUAACAUGCCAGACGCAGACCCAAGCAUGCUGGAGGCUCCGAAGAAAAUCAGAAAGUGUGUCUAAAGAGUUACAGCAGAUUCGAAUAAACUUGAGUCACUGUGGGAGAAAAAAGACAGAGAUAAAUAGCUAGUUUUGAUUUUUCCAUGAAGGCCUGAGGGAUCAAAAGUGAAAUUUUUCAUAAAGCACAACUUUAAUUUCGUAAGAGUUAUGUAAAACAUUCAUAGGAACAGAUUUAGAGCACAAACAAUGAAUAAAAUGUUGAUAUUCACGAACAGUGUUUUUUUAAAUGUUAUUUCAAGGGCAUAUGGUGACUUCCACUACAGAGACGUGUCUGUUUUUAAUGCAGUACUGUCCAAAACCAUCUAGUAUGGGAUUUGUCGCUUUUGUGGAGAGAUUAUUGUGAUUUACAAAUCAUCUAAUUCUGUUUUAUCAACAAUUUACACAGCAAUUAAACUGUUGAAAUAAAAUAUGUCAAAAUGUGCAAACAAGUCAAACUUUUCCUCUUGAAUCUGAGAAAUUCAGGCAAAAGUCUAGCCUCACUUUCCUCCUCGGUUAAGGACUAACUUGUGGACACGCUCGUCUUCCUCGACUACCUUUUCAUCUCCACAUGUCAAGUGAUGUUUCUGCCCUCUGCCAUUUCACCUACACAUCAUACUACACACUGCAUUCAUUGCAUUAGGUGUCUUCCUCCUGAUCCCCUGCCAGUCCUGUUUAUUUUGCACAUGUUCAGCCCCGCCCUGCAGACGCGCUGAUAUCACGCAGUUGCGUAAUUUGACAAGCCAGCGCAAAAAAGGCAGAAUGAGCGUUUGACAGCUGCCUCCUUGCUCGUAUAGGUCGUUCCGAAACAAAAGAAUACCUAUGUUUAAUUUAUUUGUGAAAGGUUUCGGGUAGUUGCAGACCGUGUAUUUUUGCUUUUAUGGCCGCCACCGUGAGAAGUCAUAAUGUUUGGGUCGCUCCAGGGCAGGACGCGCAGUUUCUCCAUAGAACAGCGGACGGUCUGAGAGGUGAAGAUCACGGACAAGUGCUGUGUAGCCCGAGGGAUGCCGUCCUGGGAACUUCCUCUUAUCAGGAUUAUAACAUGGUAGGAGAUUGCUUUUUCCUCUUUUGCUCCUCUCUCGGAGCAUCAGUGUGUUUUCUUGCGUCCGCUGAUUUUGACGCAGAAAGACAAUGUUGCUGAUCAAAGCGAAAACCGACUGUUUGCAUGCAAAGAUGCGGGAGGCAGGCCUGGUGUGUUUGUUUAAAAUUCACAGCUUCUAUCCGAAACCACGUGACUUAAAUUGGCGUUGAAUCGUCGGUGUUGAUGCUGACAUUCAGGCUGAAUCACGCGCAGCAGGGCACGCAUGGUUGGGAUGUGAAACGUUGCACCCGCUCCAGAAACUUGUGAGGAAGAUGCAUAGCGGCACAGAGCAACUGGAUGUUCUAAUUUCAGACAUGUAUUUCCAAACAGCUUAGGCUGGAGCGUUUCAGGAGGGCGUCUGCUGCUUGUGACGGCACAGGGAGGGAAGGAGGGAGGAAGGGGAGAAAGGUGGGGGUCUUUGAUGUGGCAGAGUCAGACAAGUGCAGGCCCUGAAUGCAUCCUUAAAUGCAGUCACAUCAGGUUUUUCUCAUGUAUGAUGCAUCAUCUAUUAAGCCUCUUUUUGUAGCUGUCCACGUGUUUUUCAUGCAGAUCUUUCGAUUUUAAAACUUUACAGGGCAGUAUAGCACUGAGGCAUUCAUGAAAAACUGGGCUGUAUCAAGGUUGUUUGUGCAUCUAUCAUACUAAAUUUCCAUUAUCAAUGUCAAAGUCAUCUAAAAGUAGAUAUGUUUGGAUUUUCCAGCCUGGUACACUUUCAGGUACUUUGAGUAUUAGCCAAUGUGCCUUGUAGGAUUAAAUUUGAUUGCUAACAGUGUGACAUGGCCUGAUAUCCUAACCCAAAAACAAGCUUAAAGGAUAUUCUGGUGUAAAAUGAAUUAAGGGUCAAACACACUGUAACACUGAGUUAAACACCCCCUCAAGAGGUGAAUGUCGCCAACUGCUUGCUUUUCUAGUUAUACCAACUUUAGUAACGACCGCAGGAUAGCAAUACACAGCGGUCUGAGGAGCCAUACGCAAACCUCAACCAAAACACCACUCUAUAGCCACAAAUAAUGCUCAGAACAGCACCUAACUUCAUCAACAGUACAUAUAGGGUCCCAGCCACAGCACUAGCCACCAAACAUCUUUAAUUUUACCUAAUUUCUUUAGCGAAGAGACUAAACACAACUCACCUACUCUCUUCCAGCAGCUGCUUGUGUGCAGCGAGUCCAUCGACUACAGUGGGGUGACGCAGCUCAAGGAAGAACAUUUAUGAUCGUUUCUUCAUGGAAAUGCAAUCAGACCGAGACGCUAAGGCAAAAGAACUACAGUGCCAAAUGAUUAAUAUGGUGAUUAUUAAUUCAAGGAAAUGAUAAAGUAAUGAUCAUAAAUGUUCUUCCUUGAGCUGCGUCACCCCACUGUAGUCCGUAAUGGACUGGCCUGAGGUCUCGCUACAAACAAGCGGCUGCUGGAAGAGAGUAGGUGUGUUGUGUUUCGUCUCUUUGCUAAAGAAAUUGGGCAAAGUUAAAGAGUUGUUUGGUGGCUGGUGCUGUGGCUGGGACUCUACUGUAUAUGUACUGUUGAUAAAGUUAGGUGCUGUUCUCCGCAUUAUUUGUGGCUAUAGAGUGGCUUUUUGGUUGACGUUUGUAUCAGACCACUGUGUAUUGCUAUCUGCGGUCUUUACUAAAGUUGGUAUAACUAGAGAAGCAAGUGGUCGACAACAUUCACCUCUUAAGGGGUUGUCUAACUCUGUGUAACGGCUGGGUUUGACCCUAAAUUAAUUUUACGCCGGAAUAUCCCUUUAAGCUAAUGUUAGCAACAACUCCAUUUCUGAACCUCUAUCAAUGUCAUCUAUCAAUAUCCUCUUUGAGUGAUGGCCAACUUUUAUGGCCUCCAGUGUAGCCAGAUAUAGGACUUCCCAUGAGCAGUUCCUUUUCCAUGAGUUGCUUUUGUUUCAAUGCAACUGGUGACCUGCGAAACAUAAAUUGGGUAUGUUUUGAGACAUAACAUCCUCAAGUGCAGAGUGAGGCAAGAAUGGUCCUAAGAAUGGAAAGUCUUCCCUUUGCAUUUUUUUAAUAUCUCUUUGUAUGAAAACGGUGUGAAAUUGAUCUAGAUGUACUUGGAUCCCCGAAAACUAUUGAAAAUGUUGGAUUUUAGUGAUCCAGACCAUGUGGCCCAGCUAGAACAGACACUUUAGUGCUGUUUGUUCACAUACAAGAGCUUUCGUUCCCGUUCAACUCAUCAGUAUCUGCUUACGUCUCAGUGUAUAGUGUCUGCUGCUACAGUGACAGAUAGGGCAGGGUGUUAUGGGCUAAAAACAUUAAACUUGAUUUAAAUGUUUUCUUUUUCGUCUCAAAUUAAAAAUACUAAUGACAAGGACACAACUCUAAACACAAUGCUUGUUGACUGAAAAGACUAGGCCUUCAUGGAAAUAAUCUCUUCACUCACACUAGCAGCCAUGUUGUUUUUGUGUGUUUGUCUCUGCAACAAGUGAACUGGGGGGUACAGGAUGCAAAUGACAGGAGAACAGAACAGAAAUUUUUAUUUCUGUAAAUCUUACAAAAACCUCAAAAAGCAAUUAUUUAAUUUAGGUCAAUGACUGCACAGCCCUAAUGAUGGAUUCCUGCAGUAGAGUCAGGUUACAGGAAAAUGUCUGCAGGAAAGAAAACUAAUCAGAUUUAGAGGAUUUAUUUGUUCAUUUACCGUAAUUAAAUAAAAUAAAAAAUGCAAUAUCAAUAUUUUUAAUCCAGCUAUUCCAUACUGCUAUCACAGUUUGCAGAUGCUGAGUUACCACUGCGGUCAUGGCUGCCACCAAAGAUGGCGCUGCAAUGAAACUAGUUGCUGGAUUCAUCUAUAAUGUUACUGUUCGCCUCGUCUCUUGUUCGUUAGAUACCUUUUUACUUUCAGAAACUUUUAACUCGUCCUCUCUAGUGUAAAUAUUUUCACACAGAAAUGGAGCAAAAACCAGCCUUAAGCUGACACUGUUCCUUUCCCAAACCAUCACAUUUCAGAUUAAUGUAGUUUAACUUGGUUGACAUGAUUAUCUCAUUCUCUUCCAGGGUAAACUAGAUAUGGACAACUACCUGUCAGCGCACCAACAGGACAUGAAUUCCAAAAUGUUGUGCAGGGACAGCACUCUGACGCUAGAGCCGCCUCCCACCGAGGACUUUGCCUCCCCUUACAGCGUCAACAUGAGUCUACUCCUUCCUGAAGUCACGUACCUCCGUCCUGGUCUCUGCAGGACUGUGAGACACAUCAAAACCGAGCCACAGCACUCCCUGAUGCACUCCGCCUGCCAGGGUAGUGGAGCACCACCAACCCUCCCCGAGUACCCAGGUGUUUUUACGGUAGCUGACGGUGCUAGUGGCAACUUUUUUAUCAAACAAGAGGUGCCAGAUUUCCAGGAUGUUCCCAUGUUUCAGCUUUUGAACUCAGACUUGGAGCAGAUUGUUCACGGGUCACAGCUGAACUCCAUCCCCAUGGCGCCCUUAAGUCUACCUAUUGGUAACAUCCAUGCAGGCUCAGCGCAGAGUACCGCCAAACACUCGAGCAGUUCCCAUAAUUUCCCAUUUAAUCAGCAUACAAGCCAUCACCAAGGGCCAACCUAUCUGCCACCUUCUCCGCCAAACUCUGAGCCCUCAAGUCCAGACAGAGGGAAGGAGCUCCUUCAAAAUCUGUCCCCGCCUCCCUCCUAUGAAGCCAGCAUCGCCUCCAAGCUAACUUUUCAGACCCACAAUCCUAUUAAUCCAGGACAGACGUCUAGUGCAGCUCUGAUUCAAAGCCAAGACCAGAAUUCUAAUGCAGGAUUAGUCCAAAGCCCAGGUCCUGUGCCAGUCCAACGUUCAACCCUGACACCAGUUCAGAUGACACCGGGAGUUGGACCACUGUCCCCAGUUUUGGCCCAGUCGGCUCAGGGCAAAUACAAUCGACGGAAUAAUCCUGAUCUGGAGAGACGAAGGAUACACCACUGUGAUGUCCCAGGUGGGUUUUUAACUCAGUCUGCACAGCAACACUAAACUCGUCUAUGAGAGGGUACCGAAACAUACAUGUAUAUUUUAAGAUCCUGCCAAAAUGAUCCUAAUAUGCUUUUUUUCAGGGUGCAAGAAAGUGUACACCAAAUCUUCUCACUUGAAAGCUCAUCUACGGACACACACAGGUAAACAACAGUCGGAGUUGCUUUUCUUUUUUGGGGGGUGAAAGUGGCAAUGUUGCCAGGCAGAAAAAUGCACUUGGCAUGCAAAUGCAUUCUGUCUGCUGACAGACCUGGAACACAUCUCACUGCUGUCAAAUCACAUAAACCCCUGCAGCUCCAUAAAGGCGGCACAGAAGAGGACAGGCCAUGCCGUGAUUUAUGACUGAGGCAUGUUUUUAAAAAAAGAAAAGGUGUCAGCUUUUUUAUCAUCAAAGCAGUCUACUAAGAUUUGGGAUUUUUUAAGACACCUCACACUUUUAAAUUUUGUUCUUAUUUUGGGAAAUGUGUCCAAAUACGUGUUGUAAUUAAUAUUUUCGUUUUCUUGUUUUUCGUUUGCUGAAGGAGAGAAGCCGUACCAGUGCUCGUGGGAGGGGUGUGAGUGGCGUUUUGCCCGAUCUGAUGAGCUGACUCGCCAUUUCAGGAAACACACCGGGGCAAAGCCAUUCCAGUGCGGUGUGUGUAACCGCUGUUUCUCCCGCUCUGAUCACCUGGCUCUUCACAUGAAGCGACACCAGAGCUAAACAAGCCAAUCCUUUUUUUUUGAUUAUUAUUUUGUCAGUGAAAGUGGACAAAGUAGUGGCACUGAAAUAUCAGCAAACAUUAAAAAAUGUGGAGGCAUUCUGAACAGUGCUGCCCAUAUUCGAUUACUUAUUUUUUGUAGAAAGUUUGAUCUCUACUGUUGCCUUAAUUUAUUUCCACAUGUACUCUGACAUUGAGGGAAAGUAGCAAAGAUGUCAGUCAGGAAUUAUUUGCCAAAAGCGAUCACAAAACCAAGCCUUUAAUUUUCUCUCUAUUCAUUUGAUGCAAUGCAAAGUACACAGCCAGCUCCAAAUACAUGUAGUUACUUUUUCAUUGUACAGAAGUUUAUGUGCAUGUUAUGCAAACUGAUUUUCUCAACAUGAGUAGCAAACUGCCACGCUGUAAGUGCAGAUAUAACAUUAAUAUUACCUGGACAGUUAGAGAAUGUGCUGUUUUAAGUGAUAGAAAGAGUUUGUGAGUGUGUAACAUAGAAAGUCACAGAAGUUAGUCUGAGUUGUGUGUCAGUAAGUUUCGGAUUGAAGAAGAGAAAGCAUUUUUCCAGCUGUGGGCAGUGCUACAGUACAAUUCUACACUGCCAGAUUCAUGAGUUACUUGACUCCUCAAAAAUGUACCUUCUUAUUUACUCACAGCUGUUAAAUAAUGGUAGGAUUAUGGUUUUUAGAUUGAAGUCAGAUUUGUUUAAACAGCACUUUGAAUGUUAUACAUCUAAGUAUGUCCCUUUAUGAUAGCAUAGAUGUAGUCAUUACUGAAAGUGAUGAAUGUCUUUCAUGCAGGUGCAGAUAAAGAACCAAACAGUGCAUUUUUUUUUCAUUUUUGUAUCAGGACAACAAGAGAUGAAAUUAUUUAUCAAAGUUUAACUUAUUUCAAUGGAUGUAUGUUUUUUUUUUUUUAUGUAGCCGUACUCAAAUAGCAAUAUCUAAUUUUGCACUGAGAGCAGAGUAACAAAAGUGCUUAAACUAAACUUUGUGCACACGACGUUUCAUCAGCAGCUUCUAAUUCUCCUGGAAUUUGUUGUGAUGUACAAAUUCAGACUCAUUCAUUUAGACUUUGUCUCUCUUGGAAAUUCUCUUUCCCAACAUUAAACACCUUUUAACAGGAUUACAGCAUCACAUUACUGGAUAUUUGUCUUUGUAAGUGGUUUCAAAGUGAUGUCUGAGAUUUUUUUUUUAGACUGAGCACCUGCCAGUCUUAACAUCUGUGGAGGCUUUUGGUUUCUUUGACGACGAUCCAAACACCUUUUGAAGUGCCUUUAAAUGCUUUCUUUGAUUAAUGAAAAAACAAAGUUCUUUUAUCAGGUACUCGUCUCUGCCAAAAUGCUUCUGUAUCUUGGCUAACCCUCCUUUUUUUCCCCACAAUAUAGCAAUCUCUAUUUAUGACCAAGUUUCUUGACAAAUUCAGUCAGGUUGAAUUCAAUAGGUUUUUAGAGCCUCUAUAAUUUGUUAUAAUGUGUAUAUAUAUUUUUUGUAUCUGCUGUUUAAGGAUACACCCAUUGAUGGUUUUUUUUUAAUGUAAAAAGGUUUUAAACUUUUUUUUUUUUAAUCACAGAGACUGUUUAUUUUUAUUUGUCUAAGUUUAGGAGGGAUCAACUGAUAUAAUAUUGUAAAAGUCACUCUCCAGCUGAUCUGGUCGCUCAUUAGAGUGUAUGCCUUUGAUUUACUGCAAUACUUAAGAAUGUACUAAUGUACAAACACAUCAUAUUUUGACAUGAGAGGCUGUAUUUUAUGUCAGACCAUGAAAAUGUAGCCUAAAGUUAUCAAAUGUGCUCUGAAGCCAUGUGACCUUCACAAUAAAAAUAAUAGUUUGUGUUGAAUAUCA